GGCCGGGCUGGAAAAAUAAAUUUGUUAUCUUCAAGUCCGAAAUUUCUUUAUUUAUGCCUUGUUUUUUCCCACCAAAAAUGGAAAGAACGUCCCUCUCCGAUUGACCGCUGCCCCUUUCUCGAUUUGGGAUCUAGGGCUUGAUCUCGUGCCGCGGUGGGGAAAGAAACCCUAGAUCGUUCGGGUUCGAAGAACUUCAAUUCCCCAGUUCGAGUCCAUGGCGUCCCGAAGGCGAAUGCUUCUCAAAGUCAUCAUCCUCGGAGACAGCGGGGUUGGGAAGACGUCUCUGAUGAAUCAGUAUGUGAACAAGAAGUUUAGUAAUCAGUAUAAAGCGACCAUUGGAGCUGAUUUCUUGACAAAAGAAGUCCAGUUUGAGGACAGGCUAUUCACGUUACAGAUAUGGGAUACUGCAGGGCAGGAAAGAUUUCAGAGCCUUGGUGUGGCUUUCUAUCGUGGAGCUGAUUGCUGUGUUCUUGUGUAUGAUGUUAAUGUUAUGAAGUCAUUUGAUAACCUGAACAAUUGGCGUGAGGAAUUUUUGAUUCAGGCUAGCCCGUCUGACCCUGAAAAUUUCCCAUUUGUAGUGCUGGGAAACAAGAUAGAUGUUGAUGGUGGCAAUAGCCGGGUGGUUUCUGAGAAGAAAGCAAGGGCAUGGUGUGCAUCAAAAGGAAAUAUCCCUUACUUUGAGACAUCUGCUAAAGAGGGAAUUAAUGUAGAAGCCGCUUUUCAAUGCAUAGCCAAGAAUGCCCUCAAGAAUGAACCAGAGGAAGAGAUAUAUCUUCCGGACACCAUUGAUGUGGCCAGUGGUGGACGUUCGCAACAAUCAUCAGGCUGUGAAUGCUAGAUGGAUGAUAGGCAGCUGGAGUGUAUUCUCCCAAUUUGUUAUGCAGCCAACAUGUCAUGGAAUGAUUAUGUGAAAGCUAGCUUUAUUGUAAUCUAUAUUUCCUUCAUCUGAGAUGAUUGGUGCUAGUUGGUUAUAGCGGAAUAUUCUUCCUCCUGUAUUUUGUCUCACUGGUGGGAUUCAUUUGUUUCUGUAUUUAAAGACUUAAAAAAUUCGUGCUAUUUUCUGUGAGUGCACCGUAUGGUAGUUUCUUAGCGUAUUGCAGACAUAUCUUUCCAAUUUUAGGUUGUUUGAUGCCUGAAGGGGGUCUGGCAA